CACAACAAUGGAGUUCAGUGACAGUGACGACGAUUACGAAGAGCUGCUAAAAGUGGUAAUUUUCCGUCGGAAAAAAGAAAUCCGGGAGCGAUUUAAUUUCUUUCGACUUUAUGAUGAAAAGGACUUUAGAGAGCGUUUCCGCCUAUGCAAAGAUGCUGCAUGGGAAGUAUUGCAGCUCAUACGUCCAGAUAUACAGCAUGCUACCACAUGGAAUAAUGCGUUGUCGCCGGAUCAUAUGUUGACGAUUACAUUGAGGUUUUAUGCCACUGGCAGUAUUCAGCAAUUGAUUGGAGAUGUGUCAGGAGUGUCUACUAGCACAGUAUCAAGAGUUGUUACUCUUGUUUCAGAUAAAAUAGCAAGGUUGCGAGAACGUUUCAUACGAUUCCCUACUACAACGGAAGAUAUACAUCAAAAACAGAAAGAGUUUUUUCGAAUUGCUAAAUUUCCCAGAGUUAUUGGUGCCUUAGAUUGCACGCACGUAAAAAUUCAGUCACCUGGCGGAGACCAUGCGGAACUAUUUCGUAAUAGAAAAAACAUAUUUUCUUUUAAUGUACAAACGAUUUGCGAUGCUCGUUUGUUGAUUUUAGACAUAGUUGCUAGGAGGCCAGGAUCAACACAUGAUGCUACCAUAUUACGAAACUCUCGUAUUUAUGCUCGUCUUGAGAACGGAGAGUUCGGAGAUGGCCUUGUGCUUGCUGAUAAAGGGUAUGAAAAUAAUAAACGGAUUUUAACACCCCUUCAUUCCGUUAACAAUGCAGCUGAAAGACUAUAUAACGAAUCACAUAUUCGGUCAAGAAAUCCAAUUGAACGCUCUUAUGGUGUUUGGAAGCGAAGGUUUCCAGUGUUGUCUUUGGGUAUACGAAUGAAUUGCACCAAAGUCCAAUCAAUAAUUGUCGCCACAGCAGUGCUGCAAAAUAUAUGCUGCUUACAUCGCGAUACUGAAGCUCCUCCUUUAGAUCCUGAGAUUGAUAGGCGAAUUUUGUCAGUUUUAAGCAUACCGAAUAAUCGCAGCUCUGAUCGGCGCACUGAAAAAAAUGUGACGAGGAAUAAUUUAAUAAAUGGGUACUUUGCAACCUUAUAACUGCAAGUCAAGCUUUGUAAGACUAUCAAUAAAAACAAAUAAUACAACAAUGUUA